CAAGGGGGGGGCGUGUCCCUCCGGUCAGGUGGCUGUGCCAGCGGCAGCAUGGAGGGUGGCCUGGUGCAGGUGCGUCCCGGGGUCGGCGUGGGGGUGGUGAUUACCAGCCCCGCCCACCCUGACUGCGUCCUGCUGGGCAAGAGGAAAGGCCCCGUCGGGGCCGGCGCCUACCAGCUCCCCGGAGGACACCUGGAAUUCGGGGAGAGCCUGGCGCAGUGCGCCCAGCGGGAGACCCUGGAGGAGGCCGCGCUGCAGCUGAGGAACGUGCGCUUCGCCUCGGCGGUGAACGCGGUCAGCGCCCCGGACCGGUACCACUACGUCACCAUCCUCAUGAAGGGGGAGGUGGACACGGAGCGCGAGCCCGAGCCCAGGAACCGCGAACCCGAGAAAAACGAGAGUUGGGAAUGGGUUAAAUGGGAAGAAUUUCCUCCACUAGAUCAACUAUUCUGGCCUUUACGCUGUUUAAAGGAACAAGGUUACAGUCCUUUUACAGAAGACUUUAGUCAUCUCAGGGGAUACACAGGAAAUCACCACUAGAUGGCAUAAAAAAGUCAUUUUUUUGUGUGUAAAAGACAGGGAUAUCUUGUGCUCUCCACCAGCAUUCUGUCCCUGCCAAAGGCAGAAAAAUGUUACAGUACUUUACCAUCUUUAACAUCUAGAGUCUCUGUCACAAUCACCAUCCUUGUACCCAGGAAUAGAUGGGACUCCUUUUGGAGCCAUUCAAAGAUAGACUUUAUGUUCUCGAAGUAAAAAGAUUAAAUGUGCUAUCUUAUUUUACAGGAUCCUAUGUAUUUGUUAGAACUGUAGUGUCUUAUCCCAUAAACUUUUAUAUAUGUCCCAUU